AUCACGCAUGUUGAACGAAACUUGGUUUGUAAAACCACUUAAGGAUUGUCAGAAGGAGUGUUUGAUGCAUGUUUUGAGUAAAAUUAUGUAAUGGCUAUUUUGCCUACAGGGUAUGGAAAAAGUUUAAUUUUUCAACUGGCCUCAUUUGCGUUUUGUUCUAUCACUUCCGUAUUCAAGCCGCCAUGUAAAAAGUAGUGCGUUUCCAUCAUGCUUAGAGUGGUUUCACACAGGUCAAAAUAACCUUUCAUAUUGCGAUAAUACCUUUCAAUUUUAUAGUUCAAAUAACUCAUGCGGUACAAGGAUUUUUUUGUAUCUUAUUUUAUCUGUAAUGUUAGAUUUUAUAAAAGAGUUUAAACACUAUACACAUGAGCAAUAAUACAUAAAAACCCGCAACUUUUUGUACCGGGAAGUUAAAAUGAGUGUUUAUGGGUUUUUUUUCCCAAUGACCUGCGGUACUUAAGUAAAUAUUAAAUCUUAUUAUCAUGCAGUAUCAUUAAGUAUUGAGAAUUUCUUACGGAAUGUUUCAAUAUAAAAAAUGUUAGAAAAACAAUCUCCAUUGGAAGUUAUAAAGGUUGAACAAAAUGGUGUUACGUUUUUCGAAUUGCCAGGAAAUAAAAAGUUGCAGCGUACAUUGAAUAAUCGGCGAUAUGCUCAGCAAAAAGGAGUUUUUAGUCACGAUCAUAUUUUAACAACUUUAAAAAAACAUCGGGGACUAAUUAUAGUGAACAGAAACAUAGUACUAAGUCCCGACGACGAACUUUAUAUUUUACUUAUCAAUAAGCUUCACGGACGAAACAUACCAGCAUAUUUUCUUGACAAACAGAGCGAAGUAUUAGAUGUUAUUAAAGUCAUUCAAGAUAUUUAUCAAAAUAGUUUAGAAGCGGAUACAAAGGACUCACAUAUUAAGGAAACGACUUUCAACCAAAAAUCAAACUGCAAGGCCGUACCUGCAAGACAAAGUCAUUCCACUAGUGUUGUGGACGUGUUUGAAAUGUCAGCGUACCCACUUGAUAACGCUGAUUAUUCCAAACCACUGUACCCAUCCAGCGAAAGAAGCAAUGUCGUCAAAGAAAGUAAGCCAAUACAGGCGACAGACAGCGGGAUAGACUCUGUAGACAGCUCUCUUUUAGCGACAAAUUUUACGCCACAAAAUAGACUAGGUCUUGCUUCACGCUUUCAAAGUACGGAUUCGAUAACAUAUGGUGGACCGUCCUCAGGCAAUCCUAGUUUAGCUGUGUCUACAGAUGGGUAUUUAUCUAGUCUGUACAGGCCCGGGAGAGAAAAUAUACAUUUCAAUGCUACUUCACGAGUAGAUGAUACUACAUACAUACCUAAACAACCGAAGUACCCCGACUAUGUGUUACAGGCCACAAGAUCUUCAAGUUUUCAGUCUCAAAAAUGGGAAGUAAGCUGCAAACCGGAAAUAAGAACCCUUGUAGCGUUCGGGUUCUUUUACACAGGAACUGGCGAUCUAGUAAGAUGCUAUCAAUGUGGUAUCGGUCUUAAAGACUGGGUCAGAGACGAUGACGUUUUGGCAGAACAUAUCAAAUAUUCGUCCGCGUGUGACUUUCUCCGCCAGAAGCUUGGACAAUCUGAAGUUGAGCGCCUAAAGAACGCAUUGACUUCUGACGAAGAUAACCAAAGUGACCAACCUACAUGUAGCACGUAUCAGAUCCGCUCACCUAGGUAUCAAACUAUGGAAGCCAGGCUUGCUUCUUUUGAAUCUUUUCCAAGCAUCGGAAUCAAUCACCAAACCCUGGCUGUUGCGGGAUUGUUUUUCACGGGCAACGGGGACCUUUGUCGCUGUUUUGCAUGUGACGGUGGACUCAAAGACUGGAGUAAUGGUGAUGACCCGAUACAGGAACAUGCUACAUACUUCCCCACAUGUCCGUAUAUCAAUCAACUUAAAGGAGCAGACUAUGUUAAAACGAUGCAAGAGAGAAGAGCACCUAGUGUUCCAACGGUGUCGUCAGGACAAGUGUCGAGAACUCAAGAGAAAAACCAAAUCGCAAAACCAAAGGUAAAUCAACAUCAUGCUUGCAGUCAAGGGUCACCCAAUGAUGUAACAUCUCAAAUAACUCAUGCGUUUGCUGGAUUGUCAUCUGCAAAUACAAGUAAGUGCCAAUUAUUGGACAUAUUUAAAAAGGUGUUCAUAUGUUUCCCCGUAUAUGUGACAGUGGAACUUUUCAGAUUAUCAUAUGAAUUUAAUGCAAAAACAACGUAG